AUGACAAGUGUAUAUGAUCAGUACUCUACGUCGACCUCUUCGCGAGCAAAUUCCGUUAAUCGACCUUCGGUUGUUCCUAUAUCGGCCUUGUUAAAUCCUGAACCUGAUGGUCAUGUGGUAUCUCCAGCAUCAACCACAUCAACUACGUCAACGAAAUCAACAUCUUCAACAACAACGAAUUCUGAUAAUUAUGAAAGUAUCGAUGAUG